AUGUCGUCCCUCUUUGCAUUGGCCAAGGCUGCAUGCCUUCUACUGCUCGCUUCUGAAGCAUUUGCAAGCCCCAUCGAGAAGAUCGAAGAGCUCGAGAAACGUGCCGUCUGCACAGCAUACACUCUCAUUGAGACUCGAGGCACUGGCGAGCCUCAAGGUCCAUCGAAUACUUUCAAGACCAUGGAUGCUGCCAUUCUUGCCCAGCUCAUGGGCGGUAGCGAGUAUGACACCGUCUAUCCAGCCAGUGUUGAUCAGAACUCUGCUGCCGGUACCGCUGAUAUUAUCAACCAAAUCAACACUGGUCUGGAGGCCAACCCCAACAGAUGCUUCAUCCUAGAAGGUUACUCCCAAGGUGCCGCUGCAACUGUUGAUGCUAUGCCCAAGCUUACUGGCGCUGCUUUCAAUGCCGUCAAAGGUGUCUUCCUUGUCGGCGACCCUCACCACAAAGCUGGCCUAGCUUGCAAUGUCGAUUCUAAGGGCGGCUCUACUACCAAGAACGUCAAUGGUCUCAGUGUCCUUCUUGGAAGUAUCCCGAAGAACUGGGUUAGCAAGACUUUAGAUGUCUGCGCUUACGGCGACCCCGUCUGUGAUACUAACCCCGAUCAUGGCUUGGACGUCUCUGCACACUUGUCUUACAAGUCUGAUGCAAACGUGCAGAACCAGGGCAUCAAGUUUGUUCUCGGCAAGCUUCGUGGAACUAGCUAG